GACGCAUAAUCAUUUUCAUAAUUUUUUCAACAUGUAUACUUUAUAUAUAGAACAUAAACAUACGAGUAUAUAGCAGACAAAAAUAGAUUUGAGUAUAUAAGUGUGGAAUGAGCACACGAUCAGUGGGUCAUGGACCACGUAGCUCCGUACGGAGCCAUGGUUCAUCGUCAACAUCGAAUAGUGGUGAUCCACGAGAAAAAAUUAAGGAUUGCUUUCGUAAAUUAGUUGCAUUUAUGUGUACACAAGUUGGUGUUGGGGGAUUAAUUGUAUGUUAUGCUGUAUUCGGUGCUCUCGGUUUUCAAUCAAUUGAAACACAAGCAGAAAAUAAUCCACGCACGGAAGAAAUACAAAAUAUAAAAUAUUUACGACAGAAUUGUUCAAAUGAUCUUUGGCAAAUAACAUAUAUUCAUAAUGUUUUAAACAAAACUGCUUGGAAAUUAGAAGCAGAUCAUGUACUCAAAACUUUUCAAGAUGGAUUUGCUCAAGCUGUGAAAAAAGGCUAUGAUGGACGUGAUGCUGAAGAUAUUUGGUCAUUUCCAGCUGCUUUAAUGUUUUGUUUAUCAAUAUUUACAAUGAUUGGUUAUGGCAAUAUGGUACCACAAACUGCCUGGGGUAAAGGUACAACUGUUCUAUACGCCGUCUUUGGAAUACCCUUGUAUGUUUUGUACUUUUUAAACAUGGGAGAAAUUUUAGCACAAACAUUUCGAUGGCUUUAUACUUGGUUUUAUGAGUGUAGCACACCUCAAGAUGAAUUCGCCAAUGACAAAUCACGUAAACGGAUUAUUGUACCAUCCACAGCAUGCUUAUGGGUUAUGAGCGCGUAUGUAUUGACCGGUACAAUCAUGUUUGCAGAAUGGGAGGGUUGGAAUUAUUUAGAUAGCACAUAUUUCUGUGUUACAAGUUUAUGUAAAAUAGGAUUUGGAGAUUUUGUACCUGGUGCUAAUAUAUUGGAAUCAAGUAAAGGAAAUCAAACGAAACUAAUUAUAAACUUUGUGUACAUGCUACUGGGAAUGGGUCUUGUGGCUAUGUGUUAUAAUUUAAUGCGGGAAGAUGUUCGUGUUAAAGUUGAAGAAAUGAGAGAAGAUUUGGGACAAUGUAUGGAAGAUAUACGUUUACGAUUAGUGGCUUGUGCAAAUAAAUUUAAAUCAAAGGAUGAAUAUGAUUAAAUGUGAUUUUUUUCUAAUCUCAAUAGUUACAUUCUUUACUCACAUCAAAAUAUUAUGAAUACAUCAUUCUGUUUUGAUGGAAACACAUGCGUAUUAUUCUGCGUGAAAAAUGACGUAUGCUCAAUAAUAGAGAAUAUGCAUGCAAUGUUUUUUUCACCUUUCUUAACAAAAUAUGAAAAUAACGUAAAAGAGAUGACAAAAAGUGAAAUUAAAAUUUAUUAAUAUCGGCUAAGAAAUACGGAUGAUAUAAGCUUUUUAAAUUACCAAUUAGACAGAGUGAUCCGACAGAUACUGUGACGUCAUGCUAAAUUCUGUUUUGCUAGAAAGCAAUACAAACAAAUCUUUGUGACGAAAAACAAAAACAAAAUUAUGCAUAUUUUCUAUACUGUAUUCAUGUCAUUUACGGAUAUUUAAUAUACAUGCGCUUUCAUCAAAUGUAUGUUUUUUUUUAUAUAGAAAUUGGAAAAAUUAAAUUUUGUUUGUAAACUAUUCAUCAGAAUAUGAUUUUCUCAAAGUGCGAUUUAAUGGUGACGCUUGACGCUAAAUUAUACCAUGUGAUCAAAUUUGGCGAUAGAAGCUAGCGUCAAGCGCCACCAUUAAAUUGCACCGUUAGAACCUAUUAACUAAUUAGUCCCCGAACAUGUCCUUGCUCUUCGUCAAAGCAGUCUUAACUUGAAUACUUAUUUAAUGAAGUUAGGUAUAUUUUUAAACACCAAAUUCAAUUUUUCUAGUUGUUAAGUUGAAACCUUUUUAA